AUGGCAUUGGGCCAGUGGUCUCCUGGAUGGCCAGGUACUUUUCAAAUCCAAGAGGAGGAGUGUAAGUUCUGUAAGACAGAGCCAGAGGUGUUCAAGGUGGACAGAAGAUUGGGAAAAAGAGCAUUAAAAACAUCCCUGAUGUUUAAUGAGUUCUCCAACAUGAAAUUAAGCAUGAACAAUCAAAAAGACGUCAAAAAGUUUAUUGUCGCGGCUUUCUACUCAACUGUUUCAAAAAUGCUCCUCUUUCCAUCCACUUACUUCUCUCUUAGAAAAGUUGCACCUUUUGCCUACAGAGUGCAAAUCCAGCUCCUGCUCAGCCCCUGGACCCAAUCUGACCCAGCCGUGCUCCUGCAUGCUCUCAACAACCCACGUGCCCACAUCAGUGUGGACGUGAAAGUCUUCAUUGUUCCAAUUCUGAAUCGCACGAAUAUUCCUCGUGGGAGAAGGAAUCACAACAAAUAUGAUAAAGUCGCCUGUAUUGGGACUUCCAAUUGGUCAGAAGAUUACUUCAUUAAUACAGCUGGCGUGGAACUAAUUAUCAAACAGAAUUUGACCAACCUGUAAAGAAGGCAACUGCCUAUCCAGGAACAACUGAAAAACCCUUUUGAGGGAGAGUGGAAUUCCAAAUAUGCAGUGAAUCUGGAAGAUGUGCAGGGCCAGAAAGGCUGCAGCUGGAGGGGCAGACUCUGA